CACGCGCCUUCCUCAUUGCGCCUUUCUCAUAAUCAAAGGUGACAUCAACGUACUACAGCUUUAUAGGCAGCAUUUACCGUGUCCGCGUUGUACCCGAGGUUUAUCGUCCCGUAAAAGGUAUAUAUAGGCAAGCGAGUGCGUGCAGGGAGACCACAGAGUAGCCGUUGAGUUCGCUGAUACAGGAUCGCAUUCACCGGACGAUAGUCUAACUAGUCACAUUCGUGUAUACAAGGAUAGACAAGGGAGCAGCUCCGCCUCCAGACAUGAAGUUCUUGCAGUUGGUUGCCGUCUUCGGCUUUAUUUGCCUGGCCGUCACCACAGCAAAACAUAUCGGUAAGAGACAAACCCCCGCCGAGGCCGCGGCCAAGACAGCGGCCGACGCCGCUGAAGCAGCACGCAAGACAGCGGCCGACGCCGCUGAAGCAGCACGCAAGACAGCCGCCGACGCCGCAGCAGCAGCAAGCAAGACCCGUGGUAAGAGACAAACCCCCGCCGAGGCCGCCGCCAAGACAGCGGCCGACGCCGCUGAAGCAGCACGCAAGACAGCGGCCGACGCCGCUGAAGCAGCACGCAAGACAGCCGCCGACGCCGCAGCAGCAGCAAGUAAGACCCGUGGUAAGAGACAAACCCCCGCCGAGGCCGCCGCCAAGACAGCGGCCGACGCCGCUGAAGCAGCACGCAAGACAGCGGCCGACGCCGCUGAAGCAGCACGCAAAACAGCGGCCGACGCCGCAGCAGCAGCAAGUAAGACCCGUGGUAAGAGACAAACCCCCGCCGAGGCCGCCGCCAAGACAGCAGCCACCGCAGCAGAAGCAGCACGCAAGACAGCGGCCGACGCCGCAGAAGCAGCACGCAAAACAGCUGCCGACGCCGCAGAUGCAGCACGCAGUGGCUAGCAGCAGCCUAGCAGCAGCAGCAGCAGCAGCAGCAGCAAAUGUCCAAUAAACGGAAAGGUCCGCAAAAAAAAU